AAGGAAAAUGAUGGAGGGAUAUUUACCAGAAAUGCAAAGCAUGCUGGAGCCAGUCAAUCUGUUGGACGACGCCUCUUCCAGGUCCCCACAUAAUGAGAAGUCUGAUAAAACAUCUGGAAUGAAGGGCUGCUCAAGCAUUAGUUAUACUGGAGAUGAUGCUGGUGUCUUGGAAAGGGAAUCGAGGUUGUUGCCCUUGGACCAGGAUUCAACAGCUAUUGGGAAAAGCAACAAUGGAGUCCUGGCAGAAAGACAGGAGCAGCAGUGUGGAGGGGCAGACUGCUGUGCCAAUACCUGCUCUGAAAGAAAGGUAGAAGGCUUCACAAAAACAGAACAUGCAUCUAGUGAAGAAUUUGAACGACAAGAUCCAAAAAUUAAUCAGACAGAACAAUCAUUAAUGGAAAUAUUACAGGAGCUAAGGGAGGAGUCUGACUUUGUGAAAAAAUCUAGUGAUAAAAUCUAUUCAGAAAGCCCUUAUGACACAGACUGCACAAAGAAGCUUAUUUUCACAAUACAUCAGACUUCCUCACAGGAGGAUUUGCUAAAGGAAAUAGAGUCUGAACUCUUAUCUACGGAUUUUUCAAAGGAACGAAAAUUCCCAAAUGGUGUGCGGAAGGGCGAACAUGCCUUGGUUGUGUUUGAAAAAUGUGUGCAAGAUAAGUACCUGGAGCAAGAACAAACUAUAAAAAAAUUGAUUAAAGAAAAUAAAAAACAUCAGGAACUGAUUUUGGAAAUUUGCUCAGAAAAGGACAACUUAAAAGAUGAAUUGAAAAAACGAACAGAAACAGAAAAGCAGCACCUCAACAUUAUUAAACAGCUGGAAGCAAGAACAGAAGAGCUUAAUAAAGAAGUGAAAGCUAGUAAAGACAAACUUUUAACUCAAGAUGCAGCAGCAAAAAAUGCUAUUCAGCAGUUGCAUAGAGAGAUGGCCUUUCGAAUGGAACAGGCAAACAAGAAAUGUGAAGAAGCACGCCAUGAAAAGGAAACAAUGGUGAUGAAAUACGUCCGAGGGGAGAAGGAGUCACUUGACCUCCGAAAGGAAAAGGAGAUACUUGAGAGAAGAGUGAGAGAUGCAAACAAAGAAAUUGAAAAGCAUACUAAUAAAAUCAAACAACUUUCUCAGGAAAAAGGAAGAUUGCACCAGCUCUAUGAAUCUAAGGAUGGUGAAGCCACUCGACUCAACAGAGAAAUAGAAAAAUUGAAAGAAGAAGUCAAUUCUCAUGUUAUCAAAGUAAAAUGGGCUCAGAACAAAUUGAAAACAGAAAUGGAUUCACACAAGGAAACCAAAGAACGCCUCAAAGAUGCAACGACAAAAUUGACUGAAGCAAAAGAAGAAGCAGACCAGAUAAGGAAAAACUGUCAAGAAAUGAUAAAAACCUAUCAAGAGUCAGAAGAAAUCAAAUCAAAUGAAUUGGAUGCAAAACUCCGAGUAACUAAAGGAGAACUAGAGAAACAAAUUCAGGAGAAGUCAGAUCACCUGGAGGUGCAUCAUGCAAAAAUAAAAGAACUGGAAGACUUGAAGAGAACAUUUAAAGAAGGCAUGGAUGAGCUUCGAACACUGAGAACAAAGGUAAAGUGUCUAGAGGAUGAGCGUUUAAGAACGGAAGAUGAGUUAUCCAAGUAUAAAGAAAUCAUUAAUAGACAGAAAACUGAAAUUCAGAAUUUGCUGGACAGAGUCAAAACUGUAGAUCGCCUGCAGGAUCAACAUCAGAGAGAUGAACAAGAAAUCAGUGCUUUAAAGGAAGAAGUAGAUGGUUUCAAUUCUCUGAUUGCUGAUCUCCAGAAGGACAUUGAAGGUAGUCGGAAAAGAGAAUCUGAGCUAUUGAUAUUCACUGAAAAAUUAACCAGUAAGAAUGCACAGCUUCAGUCUGAAAACAAUUCCUUACAGAGCCAGUUGGAUAAGCUUUCUUACAGCGAAAGAGAGCUGCAGAAUCAACUGGAAUGUGUUCAACAGACUAAAGAUGAUCUGGCCACCAAGUUGCAGAAGGAGGAGGAUCAGCGAAAGCUAGAGGUUGAGACACUACAGGCUCAGCUAGCUUCAGAGCAGAAAGAACUAACAGCGCUGAAGACCCACGUAGAUGAACUGAAAGAUGAACUGGCUACCCAGAAGCGCAAGCAUGCAGCAAACCUGAAAGAUCUCACAAAACAACUUCAGCUAGCACGGAGGAAAUUGGAUCAGAUGGAAAAUAGUAAUUACGACAAAGAAGUCAGCAGCAUGGGGAGCCGUUCCAGUUCAUCAGGGUCCCUUAAUGCACGCAGCAGCAAUGAGGAUCGGUCACCUGAGAAUACUGGAUCUUCAGUAGCUGUGGAUAGCUUCCCAGAGGUGGACAAGUCUGUCUUGGUUGAAAGAAUACUAAGGCUACAGAAGGCACAUGCUCGAAAAAAUGAAAAGAUGGAGUUUAUGGAGGAUCACAUUAAACAACUGGUGGAGGAAAUCAGAAAAAAAACAAAAAUUAUUCAGAGUUACAUUUUGCGGGAAGAAGCUGGAACACUAUCAUCAGAGGCCUCUGACUUCAACAAAGUACACUUGAGUAGACGAGGCGGGAUUAUGGCAUCUCUGUAUACAUCUCAUCCCGCAGAUAGCGGUCUCACGUUGGAACUCUCCUUAGAGAUAAACAGGAAGCUGCAGGCUGUGUUAGAAGAUACACUACUGAAAAAUAUUACAUUGAAAGAAAACCUUCAAACUCUAGGAACAGAAAUAGAACGGCUUAUUAAACACAAGCAUGAACUGGAACAGAGAAUAAAGCAGACAUAACUAAAACUUUUAUGGAAUAACCAACAUGAAGAUGCAAAAAAGGCAGGUGCUACAGACCACUGUUUUUUACAUUUUUCCUGAAAUUUGAUUGCCUGCCAGCACAAGCAUCUGGUAUUUUGCAUAUACAGCCUUUAACCAUACAGACUUACUCGCGUGAGAGAUCUACAGGGUUUGGCAUCAACGUGGUUCUGUCUACCCAAUACCAGCCUGAGGUGUUGCUGAAUUUUACUACACACUACAUUUAUCUAAAACUUUAUUUGAAAUGACAUACAGAUGCUUUGCAGUGCAUACUAUGUUUUGAGUGAGUUGCAGUGAGAUUUUAAUUUCUGCACUGUAUAAUUAAUCAGUCUCUUAAUGAUGGAGCUUGAAAAAAUAAAACCAAUUAUGUCUUAGUUGCUGUUGAACAUAUCCAGUGUUACUGAGCUUUAAGGGCUUUCAGAUGUUAUUUCCUUUCUUGCAUAUUAUUUCUGAUACUUAGGUUGAUUAAGCAUUUUUGACACACGCAUGGAAAAAUGCUUUGUCACAAAAUCUUGUUUUUUACGUGGUGGCCAUGAUAUUGCGUAUUUUCUGCUUUAGAUAACAUUCAACUGGUCAGUUUCUUUAUUUGAAAGAAGUGAAACAACAGUAAAACUAAGGGAUUAAGAAGCUUUCUGAUUCAGUUGUUGAGUAUGUAGAAUUGAAACAAAUGUCAAUUCAACAAAUACUGUAAACCCUUGAUCUUUAGACAUAUGGAUCUAAAGAAGUCUGAUACCAGAUAAUUGGUUAAUAAAGUUCGCUGGCCUUCUGCAUAACUAACAGCUUUUAAAAAGUAGGAGUUUUAACUGCCCGUUGUUACGUAUGUACAGGUAGACAUCAUGAUUGCAUCUGUUUUCAGAUGAUCAGAAAAUCUGUUUUCAAAAACAAAUGGAAGCUAAGUUUUCUCAUUAACUGUGGCUAGACCAGCCAGUGAAAGUAAUGGUAAGAAAUGCAAAAUAUAUCUAAAUGGGGUUUUAAUCUAUUGGUUGGACUGUGAAAGCGGCACAGAAAUCUGUGCAACUCCUUAAUUUUACUUUCGUGAAGAAUUAGUUGGUCAAAAUGGCAUGAACUGAAGAGCUGUUACUUAGUCCUUCAGUGGCUGAGAUGGUGAUGGAGGAAGAGUAUCAAGGUGACAAGAUUCUGGUUAGUCACAAUGUCAUAUUCACAUUUUACUUCCAGGAUAAGUAACUUACAGGAAUUGAAGUAUGUCUAUUCCAGCAGUAAAUGCAUAGAUUUCUGUAUUUAUUGCCUUUUGACCAAAAUGAAUUGACCAGAUCACAGUGUAAAUAUAUACUUCGGGUUUUUAUUAAAUACUUGAACUUCCUAUUAUCAUGAAAAAAAGAUUCAAUGUACAUCUACAAUAGCAAUGCUUUAGCUAUUU